AUGGCCAUUGAUUUAAAAGACUUAGUCAAAGAUUCCCAACAAACUAUAACUUCUUUAUGCGAUAAGAUAGUGGACUUUCUGAGCAACCCAAACAGCCUUAGUUAUUCUCUUGUGAUGAUAGGUUGUGCUCUGUUAUGCAUAGUCCUUGUAAUAAUAGGAAUUAUCCUAACCGUCGUUACUUGCCGGCAAUUGAAGAAACAAGAGUUGGAUGCUCAAGCUCUUUAUACUCCCAAUAAAGCCAAGCCAACCAGGUCCGAUGCUUUAUCUUCCACGCAUACGACAAUCCCGAUGUUUAAUGACAACGACAAGUUUGAUCAAAGUCAUUGGUAUGAUGAGUACACAGACAAACAAUGCACGACGACCACAUUUAAGCCCCGGGGCCCAAGACGAGAGACAUUCGUAUAA